AUGGAUGUUGCUCGCAAGAUAAAGACUAAAGUGUCCGCUGGCUUCAAGAUGCGGGGACUCAUGCUGCGGCCUGACGCCAGCAAAUACUUUGUGGAGGCGCUGGAGUCCGUCGAUCCUGCUGAGCUGGAUGAUAUCAUUGAAAGAGUCCUGGACGCAGUGGAGAAGCAGCCAUUGUCCUCUAGUAUGAUAGAGCUGCCUGUGGUGGAAAUUGCCGUGCAGGACUGCACUCAGUCUUGUGAUGAAAGCAUAGAUAACGUCUUCAACAUCAUCAGCGCCUUCCAUGUGCCCAGAUACAUUUACAGUUUGGAGCGGAAGAAAUUUGUACCUAUCAGUAUGACCAGACAUCAGACCCCAAGUCUAUGUGGUUUGGCCAAAGACAAAGCUGAACUGUUCAGGGAGCGCUACACAAUCUUACAACAGCGUACACAUCGGCACGAGCUGUUCACCCCACCUGCGAUCGGAGCUGCUGUUGACGAGGGACAAAACAAAUUUCAGCUGAAGACAAUCGAAGCGUUGCUUGGUAGCACAGCUAAACUCGGAGAGGUGAUUGUACUCGGAAUGAUCACACAGCUGAAAGAGGGUAAAUUCUACCUGGAGGACCCAAGUGGAACUGUGCAGCUGGAAAUGUCCAAAGCACAGUUUCAUAAUGGCCUGUACACAGAAUCCUGCUUUGUGCUGGCAGAGGGUUGGUACGAGGACUCGGUUUUCCACGUCAAUGGUUUUGGGUUUCCGCCAACAGAGCCAUCGUCAGCCACAAGAGCGUACUACGGCAACAUUAACUUCUUCGGGGGCCCGUCCACCACGUCGGUGAAGGCUUCUGCCAAGCUGAAGCAGCUCGAGGAGGAGAACGAGGAUGCCAUGAUGGUCAUUGCUUCUGACGUGUGGCUGGACAGUGUGGAAGUGAUGGAAAAGCUCAACCUCAUGUUCUCAGGCUAUGCAGCGAUGCCUCCUACCUGUUUUAUUUUGUGUGGGAACUUUUCUUCUGCUCCAUAUGGGAAAUCACAGAUCAAAUCACUCAAAGAGUCACUGAAAGCCCUAGCUGACGCCAUAUGUUCAUACCCCAGCAUUCACAGCAAAAGUCGCUUUGUGUUUGUUCCUGGUCCUGAAGACCCUGGUCCAGGCACCAUUCUGCCCAGGCCUCCCCUGGCAGACCACAUCACAGAGGAGUUCAGAGAGAGGGUUCCGUUUUCUGUGUUCACGACUAACCCAUGCAGGAUCCAGUACUGCAGCCAAGAAAUCGUCAUUAUCAGAGAAGACCUGGUCAAUAAGAUGUGCAGGAACUGCGUGAGGUUGCCCAACAGCAACCUUGACAUUCCAAACCAUUUUGUUAAGACCAUCCUCUCUCAGGGUCACCUGACUCCGCUGCCUCUGUAUGUCAGUCCUGUUUUCUGGGCGUAUGACUAUUCCCUGCGUGUCUACCCGGUCCCCGACGUCAUCGUCUUCGCAGACAAAUACGACCCCUUCAGCAUCACUAACACAGACUGCCUCUGCAUUAACCCGGGCUCAUUCCCAAAAAGUGGCUUCACAUUUAAGGUGUACUACCCAUCCAACAAAACCGUUGAGGACAGCAAACUCCAAGGGCUCUAAAGAAAACCAUGGAUCUACAAAUGCUGCUGUUUUCAUUCGUCUUUGUACAUUGUCUUGUAUGAUACUCUGUGUUUAAAUGGACUCGUAAU